CGGAUGCUGUUGCCACAGGAGCAGUUCAAGUGCAAUACUACAUUGUGUACUGUACACCACCGGACCCUGUCUCUGACCUCCAGCCAUGCUCACCAGGAACAUUCUCAUCCUCUGCUCAUUGGCACUGGUACUGGUUAAAGCGGACCUUGAAGCAGCUGAGGGAGGGUCCCAAGCCAUGUUUGCUACAGAUCCAGAUUCAACCUCAGAUGAAGCUCCAACCGAAAGCAUGAACCUGGUCUCACCCGACCUGCCCAAUGACGAGCUUCUGUAUUACAAUGGAGCAACUGCAGAUGCAAGCAGCACCAGUGCUGAGGCAGGAAACAGUGCACCUCAAGUAAAUGACGUGCCCAAAGCUGAUGCAGCUAAAUCCAGCAUGGAAGAGCCUGAUGAAGACGAAGCUCCAGACUCUGAGGAGGCAGCGGCGGCGGCGGCGGCUGUGAAACCCGCUCCGGUCCCGGUCCAGCGUGCAACCAAAUCCCAUAAUGCAUCAGCACGCAAGCGGAGCAAGCCCGUCUCUGCCUCAAAAAAGAGAUCAAGAAACCUCCGUCCCUGAGACGUGAACUGUGGAGAGAAACAGGGCAAAGCUGCAAUGACAAGGCAGUAAUAGAAGAAGGAGGAGAAAAACAAAUGAUAUAGAUGAUGUUUUCAGUGGCAUUUUUUGUUUUGGUUUGUGUUGAGAAUCUUGAACUAGACUUUAUCCUCUGUGAUGUACUGAUCCGUUUGUGCGUUUGACUGUUUGUUUGUUUGUGUUGGUGUGAAUGGUUACGACCUCUGUUUAAGGUCUCUGUUAAUGUGAGCUACACGAUUGUGCUUGCCAAAUAUUCUUCCAAACUUUACCCAGAGGCAAGGCUGACGUGGACACUUUAUAGAACUGAUUUCAUUUUAGAUCAGACUAGAUGUUAAAUAUGUCGUUAUAAGCUGAAAAUUUAUAGACUGUUCAGUUUUUUUGCUUGAUCAAUUACAGGAUAAAUCUGAAUCUAAAAAUCUCAGACUUGAUGAGAAAACUGGUGCUGGCAACCUGACGACAUUGUGCUCAGAUGUGCCAUGACUUUAGCGACUAGCAAACACAAAAGCCUUCGCUCUCCUCACAAUGUCAGUGUUUGAAUCAAAAGUGUUUCUCUCUUUGUUUUCAGUAACUUUUUUUAUACACAAAGUAUUUAACAUUAUUGAAUUUACUGAUAUUACAAUCAAUAACAUGUUAUUCUGAACACAUUUCUUUCUUUUUAUUGUACCCCUAA